GCGGGGCUGUGUCUGCCGCUGGGGGUGGGAGCAGGGUGUGCAGCUGCGUGGGCAGCAGCUGAUUGCAGGGUGUGGUGUUAUCUCUUAAAAACACGUUGGCAGGGCCAUAGGUCGGGCGGCCUGAUGUCAUCGUUGUUUUGUGGAGAUCUCCACAGCGCAUGUGGGGCACAAGCGGCUGGGACCCCUACCACUUGUGUGACCAGUUCACCUUGGCUCUGUGCCCAUGCUGACAACUUUUUGGCAUUUUGUGUGUCACGGGUGCCAGGGAAGCGGCUAGCCCAUAGGAGUGACCUGAGGGGGACACCCGGAGGCAUCCCCACUACCCGGGAAGGCUCGUUAGCUCGUUAGCUCCUGUUCAGUUGUCUCUGUCUCUCCUGGGCAGCCCCCCCCCUUCCUCACUUUCCGUGCUGCUGGCACCCACCCCCCUGGCCACUGCGCUGCAGCCUCUGAAAGGCUCCGUGUCCCUGAGGAGCCCCAUGACAGCACCCACCCUGCCGGCAGUGGGGGCCAAGGUCUCCGGCCCCAGCGAGCCCCCACCCGGGGCACUGGUGGGGCUGAGCCCUCUGGCUCCCCACGCCCAGGGCUCCAGCACGAUGGCGCAGUGGGCGCUGGCCGCCUGUCCCCAUGCGGAAGCUCUGAGCUCUGAGUUUUGAGUUUCGUUUCUGGAGAAAUGAAAGUGGAGGCAAGAGUCUUGCUCCUCCCUCACACAGCUCUGCCGUCACACUCCAGCAGAGCAGUACAUUUGUAAAAGCCGCUGUGCCGGCAGCAGGCUGCGAAGCACCAGGUUCGAGCAAACGCCGGUGGGAUUCCUCAGGCUGGGACUGGGGGAGGAGUGCUUGCACCAAGCGCUGGUGGCAGUGCGGGGACCUGGGCGUCUUCGUUACGACAGCAUACCCUGCGCUGUUCUGUGGCUCAAGAGCUUGAAGGCAGCACAGACUCCAAGGAUUCUUUGCUUCUGCCAGCACAGCACCGUUCUGUGGGCUGUUUUCCUGGAGCCCUGCGGACCAGGACACAACCGCUGCAGUACCAGGCUACGUGUUCCCGAUGAACUUUGUGCAUCAAAACCAGCUCGGAGCCACGCUCCUCGCAGUGCCACGCCACCAAGCCUCCUCUUCCUCCGCAGGGCCCUGGCCAUGCUGCAGUGCAGGACGCUCAGAGCAGGAUGCUGGCAGAGCGGGAGGAGCGGUGUAAAAGCCAGUUACAGAUGAGUGGGAAUCUCUUCAUCAAGCACUUCUUGAAGUUGCUGACUCAGAAGCAGCUGGCUGAAGACAUCAAAAAGCACUACAUGGAAAAGGUGCUGCACGCGGUGUUCUUCUUCGGAAGGCUGCACAAGAGGAUGGUGCAACCCAUUGACUUCCUAGGGCCCGAGGUGUGCCAGAUCCUGCAGGCGAAGUUCCCCAGGCCGUUCGAACAGUACAGCACCCACCUCCCCAGCCUGACGCCCUACUCCAUCCUGCUGCAGUUUGGCACUGAAGAAGCGGGCUGCAGCACCCAAGAGCAAAUGGAGUCUUUCUUGCGUGACUUUAACGAAACUCUGCAAGAAGAAUUGGAGCAAGAGCAAGAAGCCAACCUGAAGCUCAGUCAGUUCGUCUUCAGAGCUGCAGUUGUUUCUUUCAGCAUCUACAGAGACCCCGGGGAUGGAGCAGCCACCCCUCUCUUUUAUGGAGCGUCCCUGUCCUGCAGCGGGCUGCUGGAGAGGAAGAUCAUGAUUGCCAUCCUGUGCUUACAGACCUGGCACAAGGCGGUGGCGUUCGCGGUGCACCACGGGGAGAAUGACCUGGCCAUCGUGUUCCCUGAUGGGGUACAGUCCCGGGCCUUCUACUACACGCACGGAGCCUUCAAGGAAAAGAAGCCCUGCGUGAAAUGCACGAAGAUGUUCAAGGUUGACUUCAGGCCACCCGCAGGCAGCGCCACAGAAAAUUCCCGAUGGCCAUACGGAAACUGUGCUGAGAACGAGAGCCUGAGCAAGCUGCUGCAGGGCGUCCCGGGGCUGCAGGAGAGGGUUGUCUCCACACACACUCCCCCCCAGCCAAACACCUACCAGGCCAUUGAGCAAGAAUUUGCAGACGUCAUAGAAAACAGUUUUAGAUAUCACCUUGUCCAGUUGCUCCAGGAAGGACAUUUUUUUUCUUACCUUCCUCUGCAAUUCUUUUGAGCCCAGGUGAGCGCUGGAGGCAGCCGCAGGCUGGUGCCUGCUGCAGCUCACGAGACACCCCCGACUGCAGCCCCCUGGCAGCUCUGCCUGCCCUCACCCACGAGCUCCCGUAGGCCCCCACCUUUGCACAGGCUCCCCUGGGCCACCUUGCUGCGCUCUGGCUGGCGCAGGGCACGCGAGGCCACAGCAGUGAGUGCUGCCUGCAAGCAGCCCCAGCCCAGGGGCCCAGCCCCACUGACCCAAGCACUAUGACUGGGGACCGGCACAGCCCCAGCAGGAGGGCAGGAAAGCCUUCUCACCCUGCCUUUACGUUGCUUCCAAAACCAGGCUACGUGCUCACAGCAGCAGAGCCUGGACAGGACACAGAAGAGGCAAAAGUGCAGCCUCUGUGUGGCACGAGGCAGCCCAGCUCCAUAUCUGCAACCUGCCCAGCGAUGGGGCACCUGUUGGUUGCUUGCUAGAUGCAGCAGCACAGGGCGCUGCUGUCAAUCUGUGGAAAUGAAGAUGUGUGUGAUUUUAAAUUAUGUACCUGAUGAUUUGCAACAGAGACCGUUCAUUUGUGAAGCCUC